AUGUCAUUCAGCGAUCUGGGGACGCAGAACGCUUCAGAUACCUACCAAUCUUUCUCGUACAAUCACCAUGUAGGAACGUCCACGACCCCAGCCGAACUUGCACAACGAAUGGAUAAAUUCGAAGCUGCUGGAUUGGCACUCGUAAUCCAAAUGGAAAGAAUGCGCGUGGCGGAAGUUAUAGCUGCCAGAGACACUGUUGUCGAACGCCUCGAAGACGCUUACAUCUCUGUUCGGCAAAAGACAGCAACGAUUGAUCAACUUCAGCGUGAGAUAGACAAUUUGAGGCGCUCUUCCACCCCAGCCGCAUCCGUGGAGAGGGAUGAUGAUUCACCCGCGCAGCUUCCCGUGCAAGACAUUGAUAUUCCACAACCAGCUCCGGUAGAUGUCACACACGCCGGGGACGUUAAUGUUCGGAGUGCAUCCGCUCAGGCCUUUCCUUGGCUGGCGCCUCUUGACAGACCUGGAACAGGUCCGCCACUCACGCCACCGCCAGAUUUACGCUCAGAAAGCCAGUGUGAUUCCAAUUCCUUCAGUCCGUCUUUUCAGUCAAACUAUUGCGCACGUCUCGAAAAUAAUUCUGACUCACGCAACUCUGAAACCGUCGACUCCAACCCUCCGAAUAUCCUCGAACCACUUCCGCCCGGCGAUGGACCUGAGGAAUUGAUUCUCGCAAGACAAGCAUUUCUUGCGACGCUUCCUCUCCCUGCUAAUAUCCCAGAUGACGCUCUAAACCCAAUCCUCAUUCCUCCACCGUACACCUUACAUGAAUUCUUGAGCAAUGCUUCUGGUAGUCUCAAAAGCUCCCUGUCAAACUAUCGCGUUCUCGGCCAAUUGACAACAUACUGGUGCCCAGAGCGCGAAGAACACGGCUACUUGAUCACCCCCGUUUUCAAGUGUAGCACCAACCCCCGAGUAACAACAGCACACCGAUGGACUGCGGUGGAUGUGAUCGGCACCAUGAGCAGGCCUACUGAGUGCUUCUACAACAAGGACGGAAAGUGGUAUUACGCUGGUGUAUACAAGGCUUUUCGCAUGGACGACUUAACCACGCAAGAGUGGGAAGCUCUAUCAACCGAGACGACCCAAACUCUUAUCAAGGAGACCCUGGCUGGCCGAAAGAACCUCUCACCCCAGAACCUCUACGAGACUGGACAGUUGUAUGCUGCUGGCGCCCUUCGCAUCGCGUGUAUCGGACUGCAGUGUGUAGGAUUCAGCUCUGCGAUGUAUCGCGCGGUCUUGGAACAGGCAACUCUGGGGAAAUGGCGCGGAAUAGGUUGGUCAGGACCCACCGCGAGCUCGUCCAGUGACACAACAAUCGAAGGCGAUGGAAUUCCUGGACCUUAA